UUUGCUGACGCUUCUUUUUACCACAUGUCUGCACUUUCAAGUUUAGUGCCAAAGGUUCUCUAUAUAUAGCCGAAGACAGCAAUUAGAUGGUCCCUUUUCAUGCGGAUUUCUAGCCAGCUGCCUGUUUCAUAAACGUCUUGCUAGAGCAGCUUUUCCAGACAGGAAAUUUAAAAUAUGGUGAAGUUACAGUUACCCAAUCCUGGCCUGGAGGACAGAAUACCUUCGUAUGCAGAAUUAGAGGUCCUUGAAAAAGAAGAGGCAGAUUCAAGACCGAAAUGGGAUAACAAGGCUCAGUAUAUGCUGACCUGCGUGGGGUUUUGUGUGGGCUUAGGGAAUGUAUGGCGAUUCCCGUAUCUCUGUCAGAGCCAUGGAGGAGGAGCCUUCAUGAUCCCUUUCCUGAUUUUGCUAGUUCUGGAGGGUAUCCCGCUGCUUCAUCUUGAGUUUGCUAUUGGUCAAAGGCUGAGGAAAGGCAGUGUGGGAGUUUGGAGUUCAAUCCAUCCUACUCUGAAAGGUGUUGGCAUAGCAGCAAUGUGUGUAUCCUUCCUUGUGGGAUUAUAUUAUAACACUAUUAUUGCCUGGGUGAUGUGGUAUUUCUUCAACUCCUUCCAAGAGCCCCUGCCUUGGAGUACCUGUCCUCUCAAUGCCAACAGAACAGAUUACAUAGACGAGUGUGCCAGAAGCUCUCCUGUAGAUUAUUUCUGGUACAGAGAAACAUUAAACAUUUCCACAUCUAUAACUGACUCAGGCUCUCUACAGUGGUGGAUUUUGCUAUGUUUAACAUGUGCAUGGGGUGUACUGUAUGUGUGCACAAUCAGAGGCAUUGAAACAACAGGAAAGGCUGUGUAUAUAACAUCAACUCUUCCUUACCUUGUGCUCACUAUUUUUCUAAUCCGUGGCUUAACUCUGAAGGGAUCAGUCAAGGGGAUUGAGUAUCUCUUCACUCCUAAUGUUGCUGAGCUGGCUAAUCCAGUGACGUGGUUGGAUGCGGGCGCUCAGGUGUUUUACUCUUUCUCCCUGGCCUUUGGAGGCCUCAUUUCUUUCUCCAGUUACAACUCUGUACACAAUAACUGUGAGAAAGAUGCUGUGAUUAUCUCAGUGAUCAAUGGUUUCACAUCUGUUUAUGCAGCAACCGUCAUAUACUCCAUCAUUGGAUUCAGAGCCACAGAACGAUAUGAUGAGUGUUUCGACAAAAAUAUUCUUACAUUGAUAAAUGCAUUUGAUUUGCCUGAAGGUAAUGUAACCCAAGAGAACUUUGAACAAAUGCAGAGGCUGUGUAACAUGACAGACCCAACGACUUUUGCAAACCUGAAGUUUGAAACCUGCAAUCUCGAAAGUUUCUUGAAUGAUGGAGUUGAAGGAACUGGCUUAGCGUUUAUUGUCUUCACUGAAGCUAUCACCAAAAUGCCUAUUUCACCUUUGUGGUCCGUCCUCUUCUUCAUCAUGCUCUUCUGUUUGGGUCUGUCGUCUAUGUUUGGAAAUAUGGAAGGUGUGCUUGUACCUUUACAAGAUCUUAAUGUCAUACCCCCAAAAUGGCCCAAGGAGCUCGUUACAGGUCUGAUUUGUUUGGGAUCUUACCUGAUAGCUUUUAUUUUUACACUGAACUCUGGUAACUAUUGGCUGGCUCUAUUUGACAGUUUCGCUGGCUCUAUUCCCUUGCUGAUAAUUGCAUUUUGUGAGAUGUUUUCAGUUGUCUACAUUUAUGGAAUAGACAGGUUUAACAAAGAUAUUAAGUUCAUGAUUGGACACAAGCCCAAUAUUUUCUGGCAAGUUACCUGGAGAGUUAUCAGUCCUCUCAUUAUGCUAGUUAUCUUCAUUUUUUAUUUCGUGGUGAAAGUCAAUCAAGAACUUCUCUACAGCGUUUGGGACCCUAAUUAUGAAGACUUCCCCAAAUCAGAGAAGAUUGGUUAUCCUGGCUGGGUAUAUGCUGUUAUUGUAGUCCUGGCUGGAGUGCCUGGUUUGGUCAUCCCUGUUUUUGCCAUUUACAAAGCCAUUAGAAAUUGCUCUCAGAAAAAAAGAGAUCGUGUGGGCCUGGUGAUCUCCACGUCAGAGACUUCUGUAAAUGGGAGCUUAAAGAAUUCAGCAUAAAGCCAUUUUAAAAGUGUGGAAGA